CACCGCUUCCUCUGCGACAUCUGCGGCAAGGGCUUCGCGCUCAAAGUGACGCUGCAGAUUCACGCGCGCACGCACACGGGCGAGCGGCCGUACGCCUGCGAGACGUGCGGCAAGAGGUUCUCGACGCGCACGCAGCUGUUCCACCACGCCAAGAUCCACAGCGGCGAGAAGCCGUACGUGUGCGCGGUGUGCAGGCGCGGCUUCAGGCAGUCGCACCACCUGAAGACGCACAUGAAGGUGCAUGCCGAGCGGCCGCCGCCGCCGCCGCCGCCCCCGCCGCCGCCGCUCGGACAGGCGCCGUCGGAGAGCUCGGUGCUGCUGGUGCUGGAGUAGAGCGGGGAACGCUGGCUGCGGCUGGGGCGCGGCUGGUGCUGCGUGUGACAGGAGGGGAGCGGUGCUGGUGCUCUGGCGAAGUGCAGACGACCGUGCUGCCGCAUCGCUGUGACAGGCGUGUGCGGGGAUGACCGCCGCGGCGGGUCGUGAACGUAGUCUCAGGUGCCCGCGGUGGCCCUCCAGUCCUCAAAGUUCGUCGAACGGGCGGUGCAUAUGACGUGAAGGUAAAAUGCUGUCGCUGCUGCUGCUAGCAAUUGGGUGAAUGCGCGGCAUGGAUGGUAUUGUACACAACUGGAGGUGACAUUAAACCGAAGGGUAUUUCUGCCUGCAAUGUGAUUUAUUCGUGAUUCUGACGUGUUUCUCGUGCGGCUAGCAGGGGGCACCAAUGCAUUUGAGCUUCUCCAGCUGUCACGUGUCGGAUUGCGUCGAUCCGCCUGAACUGGCUUUGAACAGAUGAGCAGGGGAGUUCCUGUCACGCUGCCAUGCGGGGAUAUUGUGUAGGACAUUUAGCCGGCUCAUUUAGCCGGUUGUGGUUGAGCGCCAAUUAAUGUACCAGAACGUGUUUUCGCCACUGUGUGGAACGUCACUGACAACUGUUAAUCACAUGAAGGCCAUAGUGCGAGGCCGCGGAGAAGUUUGUCGUGAAGUUCAGGCCUUAAGAGUCAGCAUCCGCGGUAUGGGAAAAAGUGUGCCUCUGCAUGGGUCUGAGCAGAGCAGAGUGUUAUCGGGGUUACGGACGGGGCCGUGGGCGGGGCGGU